AUGAUGCGACCUGGCUGUCGGCAAUUUUGGAGGUUUGCGCAGCAGCACCCAAGUACCCAGGCGAACCAAUAUAGCGCUAUAACAUGGCCGAAAUGGAAGAGACACCGGAUACACCAUAUAAGAUUGAUUUCGAGCCUCCCCGACCUUCCGCUAUUCCGCCCAUUGGCCUCUCAUGACCAGCAGUCGACCUCUGUUGUCCACAGCGCAUCAGGCCGUACCUUUACCUAUGGGAAUCUUAUCGGGGACGUUAUAUCAGCUCAAGAUAAACUCAAGAGCAUCAGGGACAGGCACUCGAAGCCUCUUAGUUUACAUGGAAAGCCUGUGGCGUUUCUGGCGGAGAAUAGCUACGACUACGUAGUGACGCUACUAUCUAUCCUUGCCGCAGACGGCAUUGCCCUUCCUCUUUCUCCUAGUUUUCCCGCGGCAGAACUGAGAUAUAUACUGGAUAAUUCGCAAGCUGAAGUGCUCCUAGCCACGGAAAGAUACCGAGGGCAAGCAGAACAAGUUCUGAAUGGAGAAUUAAUAAAAACCCCUGUUUUGGAAUUUAUUCCCAAGCUCAAUGAAGGCGCUAUACCACCGUCAAGUGUUGACUUUCGGGAUGUCGCGAACCCUCGGGGAGGAAUGAUGCUAUAUACUUCAGGAACCACUAAUCGCCCGAAAGGUGUAUUUCUCCCACACUCUGCGCUAGCAGCGCAAACCAAAUCCUUGGUUGAGGCAUGGUCUUAUUCACCGGACGACAGGUUGCUGCACAUGCUACCUCUACAUCACAUCCAUGGGACAGUCAAUGCUAUUCUGGCGCCAGUACUCGCUGGCUCAUCCAUCGAAUUUACAUACCCAUUCAAUCCCACAGAAGUAUGGAAGAGACUGGCUAAGCCAUUUCUUCCCCAGUCCAAGAUGCUCUCACCACCGAACCCGAUCAACUUUCUCACGGCUGUUCCAACCAUCUAUCACCGUCUCCUGAAUACAUUUGAUUUACUGUCUGAUACCACCAAACAGGCGGCCAAGGUAGCCAUUUCGCCAGGAAAUUUACGGCUAAACAUUUCCGGCUCUGCUGCAUUGCCGACACCUAUAAAAAAGGCAUGGACUGAUCUUAGCGGGGGAAAUGUUCUACUUGAAAGAUAUGGUAUGACUGAAGUAGGCAUGGCUCUCAGUUGUGGGCUAGAAUUCAAUGACAGAGUUGAUGGAAGCGUUGGAUGGCCACUUCCAUCUGUUGAGGUUAGGUUAUUCGACCUAGAGAGACAAGAAGUUAUACGCCCUGGAGAGGAGUUUGAUAAAGACAACCGCGAGAGAGUCGGAGAGAUUCACUUACGAGGCCCAACGAUAUUCAAGGAAUAUUGGCAAAAUAAGAAAGCAACCGGCGAGUCAUUUAUUGAUGAUUCUGAUGGCAAAGGCAAAUGGUUCAAGACGGGGGAUAUGGCUAUUCGACAGCCUGUCGAUGGCGCGGGACGAGGUGAAAGCACCUGGGCUCAAGGUCCAUUAUAUUUUAUCCAGGGCCGCCAGAGCGUGGACAUCAUCAAGGUAGGGGGAGAAAAGGUGAGCGCACUAGAAGUUGAACGUGAAAUACUCUCCCUUCCCCAGGUUUUGGAGGCUGCUGUUGUAGGCCUACCAUCAGAGCAAUGGGGCCAAAAAGUCGCCGCGAUACUGGUACUUGACCCUAAACAUGCGACUACAGAAUCUGGUGAGGGAAAGGCCUGGGGAAUUCUUGACCUGCGCCGAGCCUUGAAGGAGAAACUGUCCGGUUAUAAGAUUCCCCAGGAAAUGAGAAUCCUCGAAGGCGGAAUCCCCAGAAACGCCAUGGGAAAAGUAAACAAAAAAACCCUGAAGAAAGAAGUCUUCGGUGAUGGAGUGUAG